CGCCUCCCCGCCCGCCCCACUUCUCAUUCACUUGGCUCGCACGGCGCAGACCGCGCAGGGAGCACACACCGCCAGUCUGUGCGCUGAGUUGGAGCCAGAGGCCGCGGGGACACCGGGCCAUGCACGCCCCCAACUGAAGCUGCAUCUCAAAGCCGAAGAUUCCAGCAGCCCAGGAGAUUUCAAAGAGCUCAUACUCAGAGGAACAUCUGCGGAGAGACCCCCGAAGCCCGCUCCAGGACCGUCCUCAUCCAGACGCUCCGCUAGAGCAGACAGGAGCGCGCAGUGGCCCCGGCUCGCCGCACCAUGGAGCGGAUCCCCAGCGCGCAACCACCCCCCGCCUGCCUGCCCAAAGCACCGGGACUGGAGCACGGAGACCUACCAGGGAUGGAUUUUGCCCACAUGUACCAAGUGUACAAGUCAAGACGGGGAAUAAAGCGGAGCGAGGACAGCAAGGAGACCUACAAAUUGCCGCACCGGCUCAUCGAGAAAAAGAGACGUGACCGGAUUAACGAGUGCAUCGCCCAGCUGAAGGAUCUCCUACCAGAACAUCUCAAACUUACAACUUUGGGUCACUUGGAAAAAGCAGUGGUUCUUGAACUUACCUUGAAGCAUGUGAAAGCACUAACAAACCUAAUUGAUCAGCAGCAGCAGAAAAUCAUUGCCCUGCAGAGCGGUUUACAAGCUGGUGAGCUGUCAGGGAGAAAUGUUGAAACAGGUCAAGAGAUGUUCUGCUCAGGUUUCCAGACUUGUGCCCGGGAGGUGCUUCAGUACCUGGCCAAGCACGAGAACACUCGGGACCUGAAGUCUUCGCAGCUUGUCACCCACCUCCACCGGGUGGUCUCAGAGCUGCUGCAGGGUGGUACCUCCAGGAAGCCAUCGGACCCAGCUCCCAAAGUGAUGGACUUCAAGGAAAAACCCAGCUCUCCAGCCAAAGGCUCGGAAGGUCCUGGGAAAAACUGCGUGCCAGUCAUCCAGCGGACUUUCGCUCACUCGAGUGGGGAGCAGAGCGGCAGCGACACGGACACAGACAGUGGCUACGGAGGAGAAUCGGAGAAGGGCGACUUGCGCAGUGACCAGCCAUGCUUCAAAAGUGACCACGGACGCAGGUUCACCAUGGGAGAAAGGAUCGGCGCAAUUAAGCAAGAAUCCGAAGAACCCCCCACAAAAAAGAACCGGAUGCAGCUUUCGGAUGAUGAAGGCCAUUUCACUAGCAGUGACCUGAUCAGCUCCCCGUUCCUGGGCCCACACCCACACCAGCCUCCUUUCUGCCUGCCCUUCUACCUGAUCCCACCUUCAGCGACUGCCUACCUGCCCAUGCUGGAGAAGUGCUGGUAUCCCACCUCGGUGCCAGUGCUAUACCCAGGCCUCAACGCCUCUGCCGCAGCCCUCUCUAGCUUCAUGAACCCAGACAAGAUCUCGGCUCCCUUGCUCAUGCCCCAGAGACUCCCUUCUCCCUUGCCAGCUCAUCCGUCCGUCGACUCUUCUGUCUUGCUCCAAGCCCUGAAGCCGAUCCCCCCUUUAAACUUAGAAACCAAAGACUAAACUCUAGGGGAUCCUGCUGCUUUGCUUUCCUUCCUCGCUACUUCCUAAAAAACAACAAAAAAGUUUUUGUGAAUGCUGCAAGAUUGUUGCAUUGUGUAUACUGAGAUAAUCUGAGGCAUGGAGAGAAGAUUCAGGGGGUGUGUGUGUGUGUGUGUGUGUGUAUGUAUGUGUGUAUGUGUGUACGUGCGCGUGCGCCUGCGUGCACAUGUGUGCCUGCCUGUUGGUCUAGGACUUUAAAGCUUCUUUUGGCAUAGGGAAGUCACUAAGGAUUGCUUGACAUCAGGAGACUUGGGGGGAUUGUAGCAGACUUCUGGGCUUUUCCCCACCCAGAGAAUAGCCCCCUUUGAUACACAUCAGCUGGAUUUUCAAAAGCUUCAAAGUCUUGGUCUGUGAGUCACUCUUCAGUUUGGGAGCUGGGUCUGUGGCUUUGAGCAGAAGGUACUUUCAAAAGAGGGCUUUCCAGGGCUCAGCUCCCAACCAGCUGUUAGGACCCCACCCUUUUCCCUUUAUUGUCGACGUGACUCACCAGACGACGGGGAGAGAGCAGUCAGACCGAGCUUUCUGCUAACAUGGUGAGGUAGCAGGCACUGGCAUAGCACGGUAGUGGUUUGGGGAGGUUUCUGCAGGUCUGCUCCCCACCCCUGCCUCGGAGGAAUAAAGAGAAUGUAGUUCCCUACUCAGGCUUUCGUAGUGAUUAGCUUACUAAGGAACUGAAAGUGGCCCCCUUGUACAAGCUGAGCUGCCCAGGAGGGAGGGAGGGAGGAGUUCCCUGGGCUUCUGGCACCUGUUUCUAGGUCUAACCAUUAGUACUUACUGUUCAGGGAUCCAAACCAAGGUCUGAGAGACACAGACACCCCGAGCGAGCACCCCAAAGUGCACAAAGCUGAGUAACAAACUGCUGCCUUCAAACAGAACUAGACUCAGUUUUCAGUUCCAUCCUAAAACUCCUUUUAACCAAGCUUAGCUUCUCAAAGGCCUAACCAAGCCUUGGCACCGCCAGAUCCUUUCUGUAGGCUAAUUCCUCUUGCCCAACGGCAUAUGGAGUGUCCUUAUUGCUAAAAAGGAUUCUGUCUCCUUCAAAGAAGUUUUAUUUUUGGUCCAGAGUACUUGUUUUCCCAAUGUGUCCAACUAGCCCCGCAGCAGCUUUUCAAAAUGCACUAUGCCUGAUUGCUGAUCGUGUUUUAACUUUUUCUUUUCCUGUUUUUAUUUCGGUAUUAAGUCGUUGCCUUUAUUUGUAAAGCUGUUAUAAAUAUAUAUUAUAUAAAUAUAUUAAAAAAGGAAAAUGUUUCAGAUGUUUAUUUGUAUAAUUACUUGAUUCACACAGUGAGAAAAAAAAUGAAUGUAUUCCUGUUUUUGAAGAGAAGAAUAAUUUUUUUUUUCUCUAGGGAGAGGUACAGUGUUUAUAUUUUGGAGCCUUCCUGAAGGUGUAAAAUUGUAAAUAUUUUUAUCUAUGAGUAAAUGUUAAGUAGUUGUUUUAAAAUACUUAAUAAAAUAAUUCUUUUCCUGUGGAAGAGAAA